UCGUUAAAAUCAAAGCGCUACUUUGAACAGAGACUCGGUGAGAGUUUUGGUCGAUUGUUCCAAAGUCUGUGUUCUGUUGCUGCUCAAUCACAUUUCCGGCUCGAAACUCAUCAAAUGGGUUCUGCUGCUGCUCUAAAUAUGGCGUCUUCCAUUUCUGCAAUCAGCUCUGCUUCUUCCGCAAAAUUAAAGUUCAAUAACAGUUUCGCCUGCGCCUUUCAGAAUCUCAAACGCGGCAGCUCCAUCACCAGAAUCUGUGCCAUUCCUCCAAAUGGCUCCGUUUCUAGUUCUGCUCCGCAUAAAUCGCAUGGGGCUGAGUGCUCAGCUGGAGAUGACCAUAAACAAAGAAGCAGUCUUGAAUCCUUGUUCUGUUAUGAUAAGGCUAUUCCGGAAGAGGUAAUCGAGAAGCCCGUAGGGAUACAUUUGGUCGAAAAAUUCAUUGGAAACAAUCCUCGAUGUGUAGAUUGUGAUGCAAAAGGCGCCGUCCUCUGCACAACCUGCUCUGGUUCAGGCCUGUAUGUUGAUUCAAUAUUGGAGAGUCAGGGCAUUAUCGUCAAGGUCCGCUGUUUAGGUUGUGGGGGAACUGGUAACAUAAUGUGUUCAGAAUGUGGUGGUCGGGGCCAUCGUGGAUGACUUAACUGGUUUGGUUAUCUUCCUCCUUUGCUGCAUGUGCAAUUUACAUGUAUUAUAGUCAUUUAUCAAACUAAUACCUUUUUUUGUUCCAUAGUGUUCAGUCUUCUGAUAAAUUACAUUAAAGUUCCAUAGUAAUGUAUUUGAUUUGUUUCCAUCCGGCAGGUACUACUUUUAUGAAACUUUUAUCUUCAUAUGCUUUUGACAACCGAGUCUUGUCGGUUUUCCCUGUCAAAUGUUUUGUACUGAACAAGAAUUGAUACAUAUUCUGUAAAAAAAAAAAUGAAGCAGAAAAUAAAAACGAAGUGGUCCGACUGAAAUCUCUAUUUUACUGGGCAAAAUUUGAACCUG